GCACGCCAGUGCCACGUCUGGCACCUAUGCCUUCUACUCCAGGGACUUGUGUGUUGCCCCGACUCGUGAAACGCAGGUGGUCAUUGACGAGAUCUUCAAAGGAAACUUCAAUCCCGAUGCACCCCGUAGUGCUUAUUUCACCAGAUGUGAACCUAUGAUUGAGACUGAAAGCGGUAGUGCUUUGAUGUGUGCACCCGAGGUUGGAUCAUUGGCAAAGGCAGAAACAGUGGACUCCGAAUGUGUGCAGUCGGAAACUCAGGAGGAGCACGAGCCCAUUGUGGUGCAGGAUGAUUCUAGCUUGGAGAGUUCUUCGAGUGAGGCGGGGUCUUCUGCUGACUCGUCUUGUGGUGAGGAGCCCCCCAUGAAGGUGAAGCGGUUUAGGCACCGGGAAGCAAUGGCGCUCUUGCUGGACAGCGAGGCACAAUUUGACCUCAGGAUUAGUGAGUGCAAGGUUCCGGAUAACAUCAGAGAUGCUUUGAAAGCAAAUGGCAUUACCACACUUGCUUCCUUGUCCUAUAGUUUUGGGCAACCUGGACAAGUUAUUGAUCAAGAUGCUUUUGCAGCUUGGGCCAGGUCCUUAGAGCCUAGAGCUGCGUUAGGAGGAGUGGCAAAUUUGAGGAGAUUGGUAUUUGAAAGCCAAACCCAGCUUCUGGCCAUUCUCAGGGAUCAGGUGACCUCGGCGGACACGACCACCAGGAAAAUCCCGCAAGCAGAAAGAGAAUCAAGAAUGAACUUGGUCAGGCAGCGCUUGACAGGUGUGUUGGUGAGCGGCUCAAUGGAACCAGGCCACUCCCUCUUGGAUUCAGUGAUGCACAUGGUGGAUAAGAAUCAGUUGAAGUAUUUGCCUCCUGAACGCUGUGUCUCAAGGGUUCACGAACUCACGUCUUUGAAGGCACCAGACCGUAUGCUUGACAUUGAGGCGAACAAGAUCGUGGUCAAGGAUAAAGAUGAGAAGCUCGAGGUUCCGGCGCACACUUCUUUGCAGGUCUUGGAGGCCAUGAAACGUCGUGGCAUCGCCUUAGACUUCGGAGAUUGCAUGGGUUUUGUGGAACAUGACACAUACGUUCAAGCCCUUUUUGCGCAUUUGCAUCGUGAACCACCUCCCGGUUACCAACGUUGCACAGUCGCUCAAUUGGUCAGUGCUGAUAAAGAGGCUUGGAGGAAAGCGAUUGAGUUGAAUGUGAAGCCCAAGAGGGAUCAUACGGGGGCUAGACCCCUGGACCAUCAGCUGAUGGCUGCGCUCACGUCAUAUGAGGUUUCGUUCACCCUGAUUCCCUUGCCCAUGAAGGCCAAACAGGACACAAAAGAACGAGGUGCAGGAUCGGAACGUCCAGGUGGUGGCAAGGGCUUCGAUUCCAAAGGAGCAGGAAAAGGUAAGUGGCAGAAUCGGCAAAAGGGUUCAUGGUCCAGCCCCUAUCAGAAGGGGAAGGGAAAGUCGAAAUGGGAGCCCAGGAUCCCUGCACAGAUUCGUGAUCUAGGAGGGACGGCUACGACUCCCGCCGGAAAGCGCAUUUGCUUUGACUUCAGCUUGGGAAAAUGUUCCAUUGCUGCUGAUGGAGCUGAGUGUCCGAAGGGUCUCCAUGUGUGUGCCAAGUGCUACGGUCCGCAUGCCUUGAAGGACCACAAUUCGGCCUGA